UUAUAGUAAAUUAUAAGCUUAUAUAUUAAUCAUAAACUAAGCUUAAUUGCUUUUAAAUUUUGAGAUCAGCUGAAGAAACAGAAAAAAUGAAAGCAGCAGCCUCUUCCGGUUCAUCAUCAUCAUCUAUGGCGCAGCCCCACGUGCUAGCUGUGGAUGACAGUCCAUCAGAACGCAAGCUCAUUGAGAGGAUUUUUCAAGCCUCUUCCAUUAAAGUGACCGUCGCUGAUAGUGGACCGCGGGCACUCGAAUUGCUGGAUAAUAUGGAAUCUCCUAAGCUGAAGGAAAUACCAGUUGUGAUUCUCUCAUCAGAGAAUCUUCCUAGUCGAGUCAAUGAGUGCUUGGAAGGAGGAGCUAAAGAUUUCCUGUUUAAGCCUUUCCAGAGAUCUGAUGUUGAGAAAGUAAUGACUUACUUAAAGUAAAUCAGCCCUCUUCUGCCCAAAUAUGUGGUACAACAGAUGGAGAGUAGAAUUAAUCAAGACAUAUAGAUUUAACUACGUAUUGACUGUACUGGAGAAUACUUGUUUAACCUCUAGAUAUGAUCUCGAUCUUUACGACUUUACCUUAUGUAACACUUUACCCCUAAUGUAUCACCCAAAAGUGUUA